AUGGAGGUCUGGCGCUACCACCCGGAUGGCUGGCACGAACCGCUCCUCUUCACACGCGGGCGUGGACGCAGAUGUGACGAAGCCAUUUACUUGGGACAUGGCAUCGGCGCCACCUUCCACGUUCCUCCCUACUCACGCCGCUGCGGACGUCGACGCCCACCGCCACCACCACCACCACCUGUACCUUGGGACUAUGACGACGACUCCGACUAUUGGUCCGACGACUCCGACUACAGAUACCGAAGAGGAAUCAACAUCAACAACCGCAACCGCAACCGCAACAGCGCCACUGCUAUGGCCCGUGCGCUCGCCAGCAAUCGAGUCGUCGUCAACAACAUCUACCGGCCAUCGAGGCGGAUUUUCUAA